GGGUUCCGCGUCCGCUCGUGCUCGCCAUCCUCUUGGACUCCCGUAAAUCCCCGCACGUUCUCCGUUCCCCCGCGCGCUCCAAUUCCGAACGCGACCCUAUAAAAUCUCCCCCAACAACAGUGCAUUUCGAUCACAACACAAGUUAACCGAGCAAGAGUCCGAUCGUCGUCAGAGCUGGUGAAUUCCUUCCGCGAGCAGCAGGUAGCAGAAGAAGCAGCAGCAGAAGAAGAAGAUCCAUGGCGAUGGAGAGGCUCUUGGCGUCGAUGGUCUUCUGCGAGGCGCCGCUGGACGCCUACGGCACGUCGGCGACCGCCAUCAAGCACCUGGCCGUCGUCUCCGGCGCCACGGCGGCGGCGCCGGACGCCGAGAAGAAGCGGGGACUGAUCUGCGGCGAGUCGUCGUCUUCGUCUUUGUCGGCGACGGCGAAGCAGCAGCAGCGGCGUGCCGGGUUCGAGCUGGCGUUCGACGGGCUCAACUGCUUCGACACCGUCGUCAUGCACUGAUCUAGCAAAAAAAAAAUGCAGUUGAAUGAUCGAUGAUUAAUUAGGGACUGUGGUAUUAAUUACUGAACACGUUUCUUGGUGACUUGGAUUGAUUGAUUAGGUCGUCGUUGUUCACACGUAUAAAUGUGCCUGGAUAUGUAGUGACUAAGCAUUAUUGAAAAUUGAACCGAGAAGGAAUUCCAAGUGGAUAUUGGUGUGCUAAAA